GACCUGGCACGGGGUAAAGCUAAAAGAGUCCCUCUAUCCGGUGCCGUUUGUCGCGGCCGGGCGGGCUCGGUGCUGUCCAUCAGCCAUGGCUGCUGCCGGUAAGGUUCCUUCCAUUUGAAGAUGCCUCGCUAUGGGAAAAUCGUUGUCAUUAAAAGGAAUGGGACUGAUGGAAUUGUUUUUCCACUCACCUCAACUUCUUGUUUAUUUGGAAGGAAAACAGAAUGUGACAUCCGCAUGCGCCUGCCAUGGGUGUCCAACGAGCACUGCAAAAUUGAGAUCAAUGAGAACAAGGAGGCAGUCCUGACUAAUUUAAGCACRGUGAACCCCACGCAGCUGAAUGGAGCUUGCUUUGAGCAGCCUGUUCCCCUGAAGCAUGGAGAUGUGUUAACCAUUAUUGAUCGUUCUUUCAGGUUUGAAUAUCCUCUACAAUCAACUCCGAAAAAGAGGCGUUCCAGGUCUCCAAAAGAUGAAACUCUGCAGGUUCUUCAUGUUCAGCAGGUGGCAGAAGUGGAAUUAUUACACAAACAAACUUCAGGAGCUAAAAGUCUUGAUGCUUCAGAUAAUGCUGAGUGUGAAGAAAAAAAUGCCAAUGCAAAUAAACAAACUCCAGAGGAAAAUCGCUCUAAAGCUUUCCCUGUCAAACUCCAGACACCCAAAUCUUCACAGAGAAUACAUCGUGUUCUUAAAAAGCAAAAUGAAAUGUCUCCCUUUAGCAAACUCUAUCAAAAUCUGAAAAAUGAGCUGAAAGUGGAAAAACCUCUGCACGGGGGAACUGMCUCUCAGCAAGCUGCAAAAGGAGAGCCUGGGAAUGCUGUGCCAGAACCAAGUGCUCCCAUUUCAUCCCUGAGUUGUCUUUUUGAUCUGGGCAGCCUGACYAAAGGAAAGGAAGCAGUCAGAAGGGAAAAUAUGGAAGAAUGUAUAAUUGUAAGAAGAGAAGUACAGGGCCCAGGAUUUAACCCGCUGGCAGCUGCAGAAAAAACUCCCAGGAAGAGUUUUAGCAGGAGUCCUCGAAAUUCCGUUUCAAAGGAGGUGUCAGGAGACACCACACAGAGUCCCUUGCAGGAUCCUAAGGGCCCGAGGACACCAGGCAGAUCCAAARGCACUGCAGCUACCCCCAAACCCAGCAAGGAGAAUCACAGGAAUUCCCUGUUUUCACUGGAGCAGUGCUCCAUAGAAAGGUUGGGUUACUCAGACAGAGGGACAAUCUGCAGUCCUACAACCCCCACACGCAGUGUUCCUGAAGCAGGGAAAUGUGUGCAGUCCACACCAACRCCCAGGAGGAAGAGUCCUCGGUCUCUUUUUGUGUCACCUCCCAAAGAAACCACAGCAAUGAAUCCUGAAAAUGCUGGUACUGCAAGGACCCCACGGCGUGGGUCAUUGAAACCUGAGUCUCUUCCAGAAAUUGCAGCUGGAACUCCAAGGCAAGAUUCAGUGAGCACAACUGACAGCACACAACUGCCUCUGUCAGAAAACAAAUGUUUAAAGCAAAGACGAAAGAGCAAACAACAAACACCAGGAAAACCUGUCCAAGAAGUGCUGAAAGAAAUCUGGGAUCAGGCAAACCUGGAUAACUCAAAGGGGGGACCCUGUGAAACUCCUUCCUCUAACUCCAAGAGGCCCAGAAGAAACAGCAGGCAAAGUAAAGAAUUCUCAGACAAAAGUGUCCAUUCAGAGGCACUGGCUUCAGAAGGUAUAAUGGCAUCUCCUGCUGCUCAGAAACCUGGCUCUGGAAGGAAAAGGGGAAGGCCAAGGUCCUCUGGWGUGGUGAUUGAAACAGCACUGGAGACAAAUGCAGUUCAGGAACAUCAGAAUUCAGGUAGAAAAGACAGUGGAACUCCAGCAGAGCUGGCUGUGGAGGAGGAUCACCAAAACCAGCAAUUGGAAGAUGCUGGCGCUACAACACCUCGGAAACCACCAGCCAAGAGAAGAUCUGCAGGAAAUGCUGCUGAGCUGAAGGACCCUGAGCCUGGCUCAGAAACUGCAACUUCUGGCCUCCUGGGUGGAGAAGACUCAGGCAAGACAAAAGCGAUCUCUCAGAAGAGGAAAAGUGAUGAAAUGCUCCCUCAAACUUUGGGAAAAAGAAAGAGAGUGUCUUUUGGUGGUCAUCUGAGCCCWGAACUCUUCGAUAAGACUUUGCCUCCCAACUCUCCCCUGAAAAGAGGAGCUCUCCCUGCCAGACGGAGUUUGCCCUAUGGAAACUCUCCUCGGGCUGUGCUCAAAAAGGCUCAGGGACUGAAGCAUCUGAUAGACCAGGAAGAAAAAGAGUCACUCAAAACUUCACCAGCCCAGCAGUUUCCAGGUGCCUCAUCCCCUCCCUCAGGGAAGGCAACACCGAGAAUUCGUCCAGGCUCUCCAGCCCCUUUCAGAAAAGGGCGUUUCUCCAUCUCCCAGCUCCCCACACCACUCCCAAUUGCAGAGGAGAAGGAUGCUGGCACAGAAGACACAGAUCCAGAGAAAAGUGGUGUCCAAGGGAAAACACCCAAAUCUUCUCCUGCUGCCCAGGAUGACAAARCCUCUGUGACAGUGGCACCUCCCAAGGCAGCCAGAAGUGCCCAGMUGGGAUCAAAGGGCACUGCCAGGAAGAGCAGAGGUGGGGCUGUGGCUGUUAUCAGUGCCAAGAGGAGAAGUGGUGCCUCCAGUGCCAAUUUAUUAGUUGCAAAAUCUUGGGCAGAYGUGGUAAAAUUGGGAGUUGCAAGACCACAAUCAAAGACUGCUAGAAAAAGUGUUCGAAAAGGAAGAGCCCUGAAGAGGCUGAGACACCCACCAAAGACUCCAGAGAAGAAAAUAAAAGAUCACUUCAGCACAGGUCAUGCAGAGUCCCCUGCUACCAUAGUUGUAGGCAGAGCUUAUUCCACCACAGUCAGAUCUGCUGGACACGUGCCUAAAGUGGUAAAAAAUCCCAUCCUGAAGCUCAACAUGGAUAUGGAUGAAAGCUUCACAGGAGUGCCUGAAAUGUUUCAAACUCCAAAAAGCCAGGAUGGAAGAACAUUACCUUUGGCCAWUACUCAGAAUGCUGAGUUCACACCACCGGGUGCUGCGGGGGACUUUUCGGACUUGCAGACUCCUGAGGAAUCUGGAGAGAUGAUGGUGUCACCAUUAAAUAAUUCAGAUGCUUCAGAGCAGAAACAAGAGAGUCCAGGCRUGUUCCACUUACUGAGAGAGCAGUCCUCUCCAUCUAUGUUUGAUGAAAUAGCCACAAAAACUCCUGAGGAACAAAAAGCUGGGCAUGAACAUAAUGUGGAUUGUUCGGCAAUAAUUCCAGAAAAAACAGCAUCUCUGGUGAAAUCAGGAAGUAAAAGGAGAACUCCAAAGCAGAACUUGGAACCGGUUGAGGUCCUAUCAGGCAAAAGGAAGAUUUUAAGGACCCCUGAGCAAAGGUCAGAACCAGGAGAGGUUUUGUCAGGCAUUAAGAGGCUCAUGAAGACCCCAAGGAAUAAGCCUGAGCCCACAGAGGCUUUGUCAGGCAUCAAAGAGCUCAUGAAGACCCCAAAUCAGAAAUUGGCACCUGCAGAGGUUUUGUCAGGCAUAAAACAGCUCUUAAUGACUCCGAAUCAGAAAUUGGAGCCUGAAGAGAUUUUGUCAGGGAUCAAACAGCUCUUGAAGACCCCAAAUCAGAAACCUGAGCCUGUAGAGGCUUUGUCAGGGAUUAAACAGCUCAUGAAGACUCCAAAGCAGAAAACAAAGCCUGUAGAGGCUUUGUCAGGAGUCAAGCAGCUUUUGAAGACCCCAAAUCAGAAACCUGAGCCUGCAGAGGUUUUGUCAGGGAUCAAACAGCUCAUGAGGACCCCAAAGCAGAGGCCAGAACCAGUGGAGGACCUGUCYGGCAUUAAGGAACUCAUGAAGACCCCGAAGCAGAAAUCAAAGCCUGCAGAGGCWUUGUCAGGGAUCAAACAGCUCAUGAGGACCCCACGGCGGAGGGCAGAACCAGUGGAGGAUCUGUCUGGCAUUAAGGAACUCAUGAAGACCCCGAAGCAGAAAUCAAAGCCUGCAGAGGCUUUGUCAGGGAUCAAACAGCUCAUGAGGACCCCACGGCGGAGGGCAGAACCAGUGGAGGACCUGUCUGGCAUUAAGGAACUCAUGAAGAGCCCACAGCAAGAGCAGGAACCAGUUCUAGAUGAAAUUGCCUUGAAAAGGUUGCUGGAGACCCCAGAACAGAGCAGGGAAGCAGUAAAAGCUGUGGCAGGUGUGACUGCAGCCAAGAAAAGCCCGAAGCUGAAAUACCAACCCGUGGAGGACAUGGUUGGGAUCAGCCGCAUUUUCCAGACUCCAAAGGAGAAAGUUCAGCCCAUAGAAAACAUGUUUGGCAUCAGCAGAUUAAUGAAGUCUCCAAAAGAGAAAUAUCAGCCGGUUGAGGAUUUUGUGGGGGUGCAAAGGCUCCUGGCAGAACCAAGACAGAAAUCUGAUUCUGAAGUGGACUAUGCUGGAGUGAAAGAAAUGUUCGGUACCCCAGAGGAAAUGAAGGUCAGCUCAGUAAAUGUUACGGAUUCUCAGGAACAAAAUGCACCUCCUGRUUCUAAUUCCAGUCGUAAAUAUGGAAAUAAAGGAAAAGUUUCCCAAGGUGAAGAUUCUCAAYCGAAGGACUCAACUGGUGGAGAGCAGCCUACCCAGAGACCAAGAAGGGGCAGACCAAGGAGAGCUGUAUCUCCUGCUGCAACAAAGCCAAGUGACAAUGAUGUGAAUUUAAAGGAAUUGCAGAGUCCUGGCAUCCAAGAGGAGAUAGGAGUGGUCACAUCUGAAAACAAAGGAAGAGGAAGGAGGACAAAGCGCUGUGUACAAGAAGUUGUUUCAAAGCACCCUGAUCAGGAAGGACUUGAAAGUGUCUCAUCUGUGGAACAACCUGGAGCUACUCAGAGACCAGGAAGAGGUAGAAGGAGAGAACUGAAGGAGUUAAAACAKCCCAAUGAAAAUGCUGAGUCUUGUGCUGAAGAUUCUUCAGUGCUCCAAAAAGCACCUGCAAAUACCAACCAGAGUCUGCAGGACUGUGGCAUCAGUGAUGUGUUAGAAACUGAGGGUGAUCCAGCCACAAARACAGGAUCUAAAAACAUUCAAGAUGAAAAUGGUCAGCUGCAAACAGGUUCAAAUCAAGCUGACAGCAAAGCUCAUGACAGCGGGAUAGAAGAUGGUGAAGAAGGGCUCCUGUCACCGAGGAGGAGACGCAGAGGAGUGGAGAACCCYGAAGCAGUGAUUCCUCCUAAAAGGGGGAGAAGAGCUCGGAAUGACCAAGCUAAAGCUGCUUCUCCAGGAGAUCCUCGUGGAACARCCAGAAAGCUUCGUAAAGACCCAUCCCCAAAAGUUACACAAAGAGAUGGACAGACUUGUGACAAAGCUCCUGAGGCUGUCACAGCACAAGAAUCUGAAAACGGCGUGGAACUUGAACUAAAGGCAACAGAGAGAAGAGUUAAGUCUUUUAGAAGUACCAGAAACRGAAAGCACUCAGCUGAAAUCAAAGCAGACGCUUGUGGGGUCGCACUUGAAAAUACACAAAAUGUUCAGAAGARUGAGGAAACAUCGUCUGAGACUGCUGAAACACAAUCCCACGUGAAAAAUGAGAUGAAAGGAUCUCAGGGAUGUGMAACAGAAAAUGCUCAGGAAAUUACAACAGAGGCAGCUCGAAGAUUAAAGGCAGAGUCACCUUCUGCAGAGACAAACAAAAUGCCAGUCAGUGCUCGGAACUUGGAAGCAAACAGGGCUAGAAACAGGAGAGGCAAAAAAGACACUUUGGAGCAAAAAGGAGUUGAAUUUACUGAAGAUGUGAACAGCCUAAAAUCAAUUACUCCCAAAUUUAAGUCAGAAACAGAAGAGGGUGAAUCUUCUCUCCAGAGUUCCCUGGGCUCUGUUGGUGUCAGUGCAGCCCAAGAUAGGAAAGAUCAGCCCAGCUCAGCUGCCCCUGCAGUCCCUGCCUCAGCCAGUGCCAAUCCUGCUCAGGGCUGUCAGAGCAGGACSAGAAACAAACAGGGAAUUCUUAAAGCACCACGAACUGAAAUCCURCAGGAGAACCCAGCACAAGGAAAUGCAACGAGCUCUAGAAGGGGAAGAGGUAAUAAAGUUAAUUUUCAACUUGAAGAAGGCAGUUCCAAAGUUAUUGAAGGUAAAAGGAGUUUACCUGGGGAGCAUGAAGGGAUGGCUGAUGAAGUUAAUCAACGUGAGAAUUCUGAAAAUGCUCCUUCACAAGUCAGAAGAGGCAGGAGAAAGCAAUGUGAUUCCAUCCCACAAACAGCUACUCCUGCCUUUACGGAAAAACAAACAUCAAGUGCAGAUCACAAGGAAGGUGAGGCUGUUGUACAAGAGCAGGAAUCAGCUUUGGAAACUGCUCCCUCUUCAACAGAGGACAAUCCACCAAGACGGGGCAGGAGACGCGAGGUGGCUGCAGCAUCACACACAUCCAGAUCUCCUUCUGUCAGAACCAGGCGUGGGGUGCUGCAAGAGGAGGAUAAAAAGGUGGCUGAGAGAGAAGAUGAAAAUCCAGCUCUGGGAAAUAAAACUUKGCAGGCAAAAGCGAAUGCAUCAGCAAGGGGCAGGAGGAAAACGAUUGAUCCAGCAGCAGAGGCAAAAAGUUCAGCUCCUCUCCAGAGAAAACGUGGCUUGUUGGAGAGUGAGGCUAAAGAUGAGGGUGCUCCUGAAGAGCAAAGUGUACCUUUGGAAGCAAAGGAGAAGCCACCAGCAAGGGGCAGAAGGAAAGAAACUGCUCUGGCAUCACACACAACAAAUUCCAGCUCUCUUCGAGGGAAACGCAGUUUGCCAGCAGGUAAUGGUGGAGAAGAAGCUCCCAAAGAAGAGCAAAAUGUUCUCUUAGAAAYUUGUGAUCCAUCUGGAAAAGAAAAUCAGCUGAGAAGAGGCAGGAGGAAAGAAAUUGUUCCCUUGACAGAAACCAAAAGUUCUGUUCAGGGCAAACAGGGCCCGUCAAAACAAAGCAGUAGGAAAAAUAAUAGGAAAGAAAACCAGAGUUUGGAUAAUUCUCCUUCCCAGGAAAACAAGGAUCUUUCAGAAGGSAAUUCGAGGCAAGCAAGCACUUCACGGGCUCUUAAUCCCACCUCACCUCAAGGUUUGCCAGGAGAUGGGAAGGAUGGAAUUCCUGAAGAGCAACAGAGUAACCUUUUGGAAGURGCUCAACCUGCAAGAGAAAAUCCAUCGAGAGCAGGCAGGAAGAGAGCAACUUCUUCCACACGGGAAGAAACKAUUUCCACUUCUCUCAGGGGAAAACCUGACCUGCCCAGAGGCAGAGGGCAAAAAAGGAUUCUUAAAGAACGUGAAGAUACAUCUCCAGAACAUAACCCAUGCCGGGGGAGAACAAGACAACUGAGGAAUAAUAAAAGGAAGGUGGGAUUGACAUUGGAGGCAGCUCCUUCUCUCUGUAAAAUCACUGACUUGCCAGAAAAUGGCAACGCUCAGGAAACUCAGGAUUUGUGUGGGAAAUCCUCUGGCUCUGAAGAGAAUCAGCCUGGAAAAGGCCACGAGGGUGACCCUGCUCCACAGGCAGCCUCCACUUCUCGCCGAAGGAAAUGCCAGCUGCCAGCAGAGGACGUGGCACCCAAAAGAUUCAAAUCAGGGAACGAUGAAAAUGGGUCUCUACAAAAAGGAAGAAGGAACAAAACUAAAGAACUUGGAGAAGAGGAUGCAAGGGCAGCUCAGACCACUGGAGGGAUGGGCAGGAGGACAAGAUCCAGCACCAGAACAAGGAAAUAACCUUAAGAGUCCCAGAACCAGGUUUAAAUCAAUUCAGUAAUUCCAAUUAUGGGAUUUUUUUUAUGUGAAUUGAUUUGCACUCAGAUUUUAAGUUCAGAUUUUUGAUAAUUCUAUGGUUUCUUUAUAAAAUAUAUUUCUUACGGUGUUUAUAGAUAGAGGGUAGAUAUUUUUUUAGUGGCUUUGUCUGCGUAUGAUGGUUCCUAAACCAUAGGGUGCUAGUGCAAAGCUACAAACAAAAUAAUUUUUUUAUACCAGUGUUUAUCCCCCUUUUCCUGUUGAUCAGUACAGCAAUCAGGAAGCCAUAUUACUGCCAGCUGAAGCUCUUUUCUGAAAUUUUCAUAUGCUUAAGUUUUAUUUUCCAUUGGAAUUCUGUAAAUAUUCUUUUAAAAAAAAGAUAUAGUUGUAUUAGCAGAUCUGCAACGCUAAAUUUUUGAUAAUUUCUUUUUUUAAAAAAUGACAUUUGUAUUCAAAACUUCGGAUUUGUAAGUCAUUAAACUUGUGAACAAUU